AAGGUAAACCAAUUCAACUUCUAAAAUACGUGGAGAAUUCUGAUAAACGUGGAGAAAUUAUAUUAAAUGAAGAGGCUUUAGAUAUAAUUAGAAAAAUUGAUGAACCAGUUUCUAUCAUUGCUGUUGUUGGAUCGUAUCGUAAAGGGAAAUCAUGGUUCGCGAACGUAUUACACGGUAGAUGUGACGGAUUUGAGUUAGGGUCAAAAACCGAGGGAUGUACGCGAGGAAUUUAUAUGUGGAAUAAACCAUUUGAUCAUAAAGGAAAUAUUACAAUUGUAUUGGACUGUGAAGGAAUUGAUGAUCCAAAGCAAAGUCAACAAUGGGCCACGAAAUUAUUUAUCCUAUGUUUGUCAAUUUCUUCAACGUUCAUUUAUAAUUUGAAUGGUGUUAUUAGUAGAAAUCAUAUAGGAAAAUUAUUUUUAAUGACUGACUUAACCAAAUAUAUUAUACAACCUGAAAGUAAAUUUUUACCCAGAUUGGUUGUAUUGUUAAGAGAUUUCAUGUUAGUAAAUCCUGGUAAUUUUAACGAUUAUUUUAUAAAUAAAUUAAAAGAUGUUGAUGAAGGAGCCGCAGAGGGAAUAAAAAAAUAUUUCUCUGAUUUUGAUGUGUUUGGUAUUCCGAUGCCGACCUCAAAACGCGCAAUCUUACAAAAUAUGGAUAAAGCGUCAACAGAAGAUUUAGAACCAGAAUUCGUCUCUGAAGUAAUUAUGGCAGUUGAAAGCAUUUUAUCCUCUUCAACUCCAAAGUACAUUGAAUCAUCUAAAAUGACAGGGUUAUCAUUUGUAAAAUUUCUUCAAAAUUGUGUCGAAAAGUUUAACGAUACAUCAGAUUCCAACGUUCAAAUGUCAAUCCUGAACGAAUAUGAGUCCGUUAUUAAAUAUAUCACACAACAAACCAUUGAUUAUUGUAUUCAAAAAUAUACGACGACUAUGAAAUUAAAGAUUCAAGAUUUGUUGAAUGAUCCGAAAAGACAACAAAUUAAAGUAAUUAAUUGGAAAGAGUUUAAUGAUAUUCAUAUGGAAGUGUUUGAACAAGUUAGAAAAGAAUUUUUUAAAAGAAUCAUCGGAAAUGCAGAUCAUAUAAGGAAAAAUGAAAUCGAAUAUAAUAAAUUUAUUAAUGAAAAGUUUGAAGAAUUUCGUAAAUCAAAUUCUGUGACUUUAUAUGAGUAUAAUAUGGAAUUGGCUAAAAAAUUAUGGGAUUGUCAUGUUAAAGUUGGUCUCGCCGCCGAUAACUUUUUUAAGACCAAAGAAGAAUUUAAUGAUGCGAUCGAAAUUUUUGAGAGAGAGAUGUCUAAUACUUUAAUGGCCGAUUGUCAAGAAACAGACAUGAUAAAGGCAGAGUUUAAAAAUGAAUAUCAAGUAGCAAUCAACCAAUUAAAUUUGUGGAACGUUUUAAACAAUAAAUUGACAUCACAACUUAAAAAAACUCAAAAAGCUAAACAGCAAAUUUUAGAAUUUACUGCUCGGAAAAAAGAAAUGGAAAUUAAAUUCGAUAACUUAAAAAGAGAAUGUGAACAAGUCUCACAAGAAUAUUGCAAUAAAUUUAAUGAAAUGGAAGAUAAUAUUAGACAACAAAAUAUUGCAAAUAACGGUAUAUUAGAUCAAAUUAAAGUUGAACAUGAGUCAACUUUAGCUAUAAUUAAAGUGAAUAUGAAGAAGAGAUAA